AUGCCUGACUUGAGGGAUUCUGUCAACCAUUUGACACCCUUGCAAUUGCCCGCUCAGGUCACCGUCUACGCCCCUGACAAGGAAGGCCGCUUCAGUUUCCAGGACUCUCCUGACUCGCCACUCAUCCGAGCGGAAAGCCAACGUCUCCGCACCUGGCUUUCAACUAACGUUCCUGUCCAAUGGGACAAUCAUACCGAUAGCAUCUCUGAAGACGAUGAAGGUGUGUCGCUGAGCUUCAAGGAUGGUACUACUGCUCGAGGUGAUAUCGUAGUGGGUGCAGACGGUAUCAAUAGUGUCGCCAAGGAUCUCCAAAACGUUAUCCCUGUUGCCACCACAAUCGGUGAGCUGGAUCUUUCUGGGGAAGAAUUCAAGAGACAGCUAGCUCUUGGAAACAGCGGCAUUACGUGCAUGCAACCUGACCUUGGCUUCGUCAGCUUCGUGGGUCUGCACUUCGUGCUCCCGGACGGGCUUUCGGCUCGCUACUACUGGAAUCUCAUGGAGUACGAUUCCGACGUCGCCAAGCCUGAUCACUGGAUGAAAACAGCCACCAAGAAGGAGAAGCUUGACCAUGGCCUAAAAAUCACUGAAAAACUGCCUCCCAAGCUCCGGGAGAUCUUCGAAUUAACCAAGCCAGAGCAAAUUCGUGAGGAGCAGCAUGUGUGGCGCGAUCUGGAGAUCGAGAGCUUGCCGGCUGGGCGCGUCGUCUUGAUGGGUGAUGCCGCGCACGCCAUGAUGCCGAUUCGUGGCGAGGGUGGCUAUCACGCUCUCGUCGACUCGCUUGUCUUGGGAGAGACUCUGGGUCAGUUGGCAGAGAGGGACACCUUCAAGGAUUUAGACGACGUCAAGCGCAUCACUGCCGAGUACAACGAUUCGCUCAUUCAGAGGGGUCUUCAGGCUGUGCGAGAUUCGAGGCGACUGUACUUGGACGUCACCCGGUAUGGUCCAGAUGGAAGGCCAUUGGGCGCAAAGGAGGUGCCGACCACAAAGCCCUGCCAGACAUGA